UAUCAAGCGUUGAUAUGAAUCACUCUUCGUCGAACCUGCUCUCUAUUUCGCGAGAUUACUUGGGCGCCUCAAAGGUGACAUCAUGUAACAAUACAAUAAAUAUACUUAGCAAAAUCAUAUACAAACGCAUAAACUCGCUCAGUUUGUCUGUUACUGUAAAAUUUUUGGCUGAACUAAUCAUUGUCCUUUAUUAGUCACAAUCGCAGUUCCAGAUAAAUCACGGGUAUUUAACAAUAGUUGCCGGUUUGCGAAUUAUUAUAUUUAUAUCGAAUACUUGAUAGUGAAAGAAACCGUUUUAGUUGAUAGAACCUCAAGUUGGAACCAAAUAAAUCAGGUAUAAAUGAAGUUUUUUGCAGAUAACUACAUCGUUCCUAAGGGUUCAAUGUUAAGGGAGUUGCUUUGCUAUACUAGGUGAUUCAAAAUUGAGUGUAUUAAUUUUAGAACCGCGUUUUACGUCCAAAAAUAUGGAAAAAAGUGCAUACAAACAUUAGUGUGCAAACGCUUCAUUUUCAAAAUACAGGAUUUCAAAGUUGAUUUAAAUUUGAAGCAGAAAAUUUAUUUUGCUCUAUUUUAUUAGACAUGCCAACUGAUUGUUAAAUUCUACAGGGUGCUGACAACAGCACCCUGUGCUGUUACAACUUUCUUGCUAAGUCCUUGUUAAUUUAAAAACUUUUUUGUCUUGCAUUUUUUCCUAUCUGCCACCGUCUUUCAGUUAUUUGCAAAUAUGUCAGAAAAACACCUCUACUUUUAUCUGAUUUUGACAACGUAAUUUUAAACUUUCAGACUCUUGAAAACGAACCGUUUGCAGACUAAUGUUUAUAUGCACUUUUUCCUUAUUUUUGCACUGAAUUUUUAAUUAUCCUGUAAAAAAACUAUGCAUGAAUUAUGUAAUUUUCCGGGAGCCAAAUUUUUUAAUAAUAAUUAGCGAAUAAACUCUCUGUUUUCCUGUGCAAAAGUAGUGAUUUUAAAUGCGUGAAAUGUGAUGGACAAACGCAGUUUCCCAAGAACACCAUUAAGAAAUGUUCAUCAACUACAGGGGGAAAGUCUACUUAUUUGAUAAAGUAUUCAAACCAAAUGCCACACAAGAAAAAGUAUACAGUGAAGCGGCCAAGAGUAUCGUCUCUGAUGUGCUUGCUGGAUAUAACGGCACCAUUUUUGCCUAUGGUCAAACAUCGUCGGGUAAAACACAUACUAUGGAAGGUGUCAUAGGCGAUCCGCACAAGCAAGGUAUUAUACCUCGAAUUGUGAACGACAUCUUCAACCACAUCUAUGCUAUGGAAGAAAAUCUAGAAUUUCAUAUUAAGGUCUCGUACUUUGAGAUUUAUAUGGAUAAAAUUAGAGACUUGUUAGAUGUUUCAAAAGUGAACCUGAGUGUCCACGAAGAUAAAAAUAGGGUACCUUAUGUGAAAGGGGCAACCGAACGGUUUGUGUCAAGCCCUGAGGAGGUAUUUGAAUCUAUAGAAGAAGGAAAGUCAAAUAGGCAUAUAGCUGUAACAAAUAUGAAUGAGCAUUCGUCUAGAUCGCACUCAGUAUUUCUUAUUAAUGUUAAGCAAGAGAACUUAGAAAACCAGAAGAAAUUGUCGGGGAAACUGUACCUUGUGGAUUUAGCAGGUUCAGAGAAAGUGUCGAAAACUGGCGCUGAAGGCACUGUCUUGGAUGAAGCCAAAAAUAUCAACAAAUCACUUUCCGCAUUGGGAAAUGUGAUCAGCGCAUUGGCCGAUGGCAAUAAAACACAUAUUCCGUACAGAGAUUCAAAGUUGACCCGUAUUCUACAAGAAUCUCUUGGAGGUAAUGCGAGAACAACAAUCGUAAUUUGCUGUUCCCCGGCUAGUUUCAACGAGUCGGAAACUAAGUCAACUUUGGAGUUCGGAAAGAGGGCUAAGACUGUGAAGAAUGUGGUGACUGUCAACGAAGAAUUGACGGCAGAGGAAUGGAAGAGGCGCUAUGAAAAGGAAAAGGAAAAAGUGGCACGGCUCAAAGGCAAAGUGGAAGUUCUGGAAGCCGAGCUCAACAGGUGGCGAUCAGGCGAAACGGUUAAAGCGGAAGAACAGGUCAACCUUAACGAUAUUAAUGAAGCUAUUACGCCGAUUGCUGGUAAGGGUUUGGAAGAAAGCGUUGUGGAAAACGUUGCGGGUCCCAUGCCAGCAACUCCAGCUUUAAUGAUUGGAUCAACACUUGGCUUGGAAGAACGGCAAAAACUGGAACUGGAACGAGAAAGACUGUAUCAACAACUAGACGAGAAGGAUGAAGAAAUCAAUCAACAGAGCCAAUAUGUAGAAAAAUUAAAGGAGCAGAUGCUGGAACAGGACGAACUAAUUGCAAGCACGCGUAGAGACUACGAAGCAUUACAGAGCGAGAUGAACAGGAUCCAGCAAGAGAAUGAAAGUGCGAAAGAGGAAGUUAAAGAGGUUCUUCAAGCAUUGGAAGAAUUGGCAGUUAACUACGAUCAAAAGUCCCAGGAAGUGGAUGCUAAAAAUAAGGAAAUGGAAUCAAUGUCUGAGGAAUUAUUACAGAAACAGACCAAUCUGAAUAGCACCACUACUGAAUUGCAACAGCUGAGGGACAUGAGUAGCCACCAAAAGAAAAGAAUUGCGGAAAUGUUGAGCAACUUACUAAAGGAGCUUGGAGAAAUUGGCACCACUCUUGGCAGUGAGGGCAGUGAAUUGAAGAUUUCGAAUGAUGCCGCUAAGCUUGAGGAAGAAUUUACAGUAGCCAGAUUGUACAUCUCCCGCAUGAAGAGUGAAGUUACCAAUAUUACUCAAAGGUUACAAGACAUUGAAAACAAAGAACAGGAUAGCAACAAGAAAGUUACCGAAUAUGAAAAGGAACUAGCCGAAUGCAGGCUACUGAUCUCUCAACAUGAGGCCCGGAUGAAGAGUUUGCAGGAGUCGAUGCGGGAGGCAGAGAAUAAGAAGAGGAUGCUAGAAGAAAGUGUAGAUGCACUUCGGGAGGAAUGUGCUAAGUUGAAGGCUGCUGAACAGGUUUCCUCGGCCAGUGAAAGUGAAAAGAAAGAAGCCGCCGAUCUUCGCAUGGCCUUAGAGAAGCAAAUGGAUCAAUUGCGGGUGGCGCAUCAACAACAGGUUGCUUCACUGAGAGAUGAAAUUGCAGAAAAACAACAACUAAUUAAUGACAUCAGGGAUUCCAAUCAGAAAUUGACCCUUGCACAGCAACAACUUCAAGCCGAUUACGAGAAGAUCAAGGGCGAGGAAACGGAGAAAUCUCAAAAACUGCAGGAACUCAUAGCCACAAACGAUCGGCGAGAGCAGGCGCGCAAAGAUCUCAAAGGACUCGAGGACACGGUCGCUAAAGAACUCCAGACCUUGCAUAACUUGAGGAAACUAUUCGUUCAAGACUUGCAGGCCCGCAUGAAAAAGAACAUGUCGAGCGAAGACAACGAGGAAGACGGCGGAUCGUUGGCUCAGAAGCAAAAAAUCUCGUUCUUGGAGAACAAUUUAGAUCAGUUGACCAAAGUUCACAAGCAGUUGGUGCGAGAUAAUGCCGAUUUGCGUUGUGAAUUGCCCAAGUUGGAGAAGAGGUUGAGAUUAACGAUGGAUAGAGUGAAGGCACUGGAGACUGCGCUCAAGGACGCAAAGGAGGGCGCUAUGAGGGAUAGGAAACGGUACCAGUUUGAAGUUGACCGCAUCAAAGAGGCAGUUCGCCAAAAGAACCUGGCCAGACGGGGUCCAGCGGCCACAAUCGCAAAACCAAUCAGAUCCGGACAACAUCAUGCGGGCAUUACUGGGGCAACUAUGGGGGCUUCCAUCAGACCUCAGGGCAAUAAUCCAGUUGAUGAUACGACGCAGAAACGCAGGUCCAUCCUCGUGGGCGGCAAAGAUUAAGCAUUUAAGUAAAUGCCACCACAAUAACACAGGGUGCUCCCUCCAGCCUGUUUUCCCGGAAAACCAGAAAAUUAACCCAACCAUAUUAAUAAUACCAAAAAUAUUGCUGAUACUUUUCCCUAUUUAUCGAUUCGCGGGGCUUAUCCCGUUUAAUGUGCUUUCAAGGCUUAGUUACAAUUAGAAAAUAAGGUGCACUUAAUUCAGAUCACUAAUGAUAAUAACUAAUAUUAAUUAUUCAAGAAAAUACCAACGUAUUACAGUAAUAGUGACUAUCUUGUUUCCAUUUCUCUGUCAGAUUUGAUUGGUUACAAACGCAUAAAACUGAUCUUUUCCAACUUGGGUUAACACAACUAUAGUUUAUAGCUGCUAACUUUUCAUAGAUUUAUACUUUGAUACAUAAAAUUUUAACGUUUUGAACAAUUAUAAGUUAGGCAGUGAAUUGAAUCAUCAAAUUUGACAGACAUUUUAGACUUAGUCUAUGAGGUCUGCUUGCACGGUUUUAACUUCUAUAUAUCCAAGUUUGGUUCCGUGAUAGGUACACUGCUGAAGAAGUAAAGUGAAGCAAAUGAUUCGUAAACAGGCAGAUAAGGCCACUACUUUCUAAGCGGCUGAGUUUUAGGUCGCCUCGACUGGAGCGAUGAGGUGCAUACUUUAACUGGGCAUCGUGCAAGUGGGCCCGAAGUAUUCAAUGUAAGAUUUUUAGAUUAAUCGAGCAAAUCACGACGUUUGAAAAGGUAUCGCUUUGAUUGUUCAGAAUUAUUGCUUAACAUUAAGUAUGUAAUUUAUCAGCUCUUGGUCCUUAUUAAGCAUCGAACAAUACCAGAAAUAUUUGAAACCAUUUAUAUGCCUUAUGUGAUUUAACUACUCAAAUAGGUUAACGAUUAGCCUAAUACCCUUAAAUCAGUUUGCUUCGUGUUUAUGGUUAAUUGUCACCAAAUAUCGGUGAAUAUUUAUUGAUUUUGAUGUUCUAGUUACUGUCGAAUAAUACAUUCAUAAUAAUUGUUAGAAGCAAAUCGACGAACUGCAAUUGAACUAAUUUUAUACUCAAUACAGUUUAAUAAAAUUAAAUGAAAAUAAAUGCACAUAAAAGGGCUGAUAAAACUCGCUGGUUAUUAUUUCGAAGAGUUGGUAGGUGAUGACUAAAUGGUACUAAUGUUCUUCUAGAAAGUAAGCCCUCAUAUUUUGGGUUUAAGGCGCCUUUACCAAUUUGAGACAAAAUUUUUCAAAUCGGGUCUCGAAACAUCUGCGCUAACACUCUGAAAUGCUCCGAAACACAAGGCCCAUUCCGUUUGUCGUUUUGUCUAAAAGUGGUAAUCCAACAUUAUGCUAUAGACAAAUUUAAAACACUAAGCUGCACGUAUAAUUUAAGCGGAAUCGUAGAUAUUUUUUUUAAAUGAUGCCCUAUUUUUAUGGUAAUAGUGUACAAUCAUUAAAAUGUCAGUAAUUUCCCGAAAAGUAGUAUGGGUUCGAUUGUUGUUUAUAUUCAUGGCAAUGUUUCUAUUUUGUAUUAUAAAGAUUGUUUUGGUGUAAUUGCUUUGUACUUUUUUAGGAUAUUAAGUUAUUAAAAUAUGUUUUAAAAAAUGGAGUGCUGGCUUGACAGGUGCAAGUCGCGUGAGCUACUCUGCAAAAAAACUUAAUAACUGAAACUGGACUAAUUUUCCUAGCACUGAUCUAUGCCGUGCAAUUGUAGGAAACUAGUGUGAUAGUUUGAACUUUUUUUUGAUAGACAGCAACGUCCGAAAGGAAAAGUUGUUUACAAGAAAAAAUUCAAUAUAUAUUUUUAUUUGUGAUUAGGUUCCUUCCUACCCCUUGCCUCAUUUUAUGAGCUGUAUUCUUUUAAUUGUCUUAUUCCUAAGUGUCUUAUCAGCAGCAGAAGAUUAACAACAUCAAUCAAUCAGCAUUUAUAGCAUCUGAAGGCAUUUUUUGCAUUACCAAUUGAACCCCCCCAAAUGCUGAUGAGUCACUUGGUAUGUGUAUUGUUUAGCGUUUAUUCGAAUCAACUGUUUUAGUAGAAUGUUGAAUUCGGUUCUCAUCUUAGAUAAACUUCACUUGGAUUUUUGACAGUGCUAAACUUCGUGUAGUAGUUAUAUAUAUUUUUAGUGAAAGCUUAUAAAGUCAUUGAUGCAAUUAAUUUAUUUACUUCAUGGAAAUUAUAUUCUAAUAAACAGUCGAAAAAACA